CUGAGCAGUCUCAGGUGCACUGCAGGCCAAGCAAGCGCGGGCAGCGGCCGAGCGCACAGGCGCACAGUGGGCCCACCUCCGCGUCGGCCCGGCAUUGUGACGGCUGUCGACAUCAGGCAAGAGUCGGCAAGCUCGGCCCACAGCGCGCUUUAUAGUAGCAGCAGUAGCGCGCGACCUCGACGUACGUCCACAUCACAACACAAUGCCUGCCCCAACGUCCACCACCAAGCCGCUCAAGGUCGCCAUCGUCGGCGCCGGACCCGGCGGCCUCGCGGCCGCCAUUCAGUUCCGCCGCCUGCCCGACAUCGAGCUGAGCAUCUACGACCAGGCGCGCGAGCUGCGCGAAGUCGGCGCCGGCAUCGCGCUCAACCAGAACUCUUGGCGCCAGCUUCGCGAGCUGGGAGCCGCAGAGGACAUUUCGCAGUACCACACUCGCCAGACGGAGGACAAGAUUGCUGUUGAGCAGCGCAUUGGCCGCACCGGCGAGCUCAUCUACCAGCGCAAGGUGUCGGGAAACCCGGACCAGCCGCCCGCGGUCCGCAUCGAGCGCACCGUGCUCCAGCGCGCGCUGAUCAACCGCCUCCCCAAGGACCUUGUGCAGCUGUCGAAAAAGCUGGACAAGUACGAGGAGACGGACGCCGGCGUGACCUUGACCUUCAAGGACGGCACGACCGCCGGGCCGUUCGACCUUGUCGUCGGCGCGGACGGUAUCCGCUCGGCGGUCCGGCACCAGGCGUACCCCGACCACCAGCUGAGCUACACUGGCAAGGUGGCCUUCCGCGUGCUCAUCCCGCAGGAGCGCGUCGCGCACCUCGAGGGCAUCCCGUCCGCCGCGACGUGGUGGCACACGCCCGACACGCACGUGUACACGCUCCCGCUCGACAACGGGCAGUUUGAGAUCGCGACCCGCGCCAUCGAGAACGAGGAGCACGGGCAAAAGGUGUCGUGGGGCCAGAUCGUCCAGGACAAGGAGCGCGUCCGCAACCACUACACGGGCUACACGAAGCUUAUCCGCGACAUUAUCGACACGGUCGAGGACGGCGAGUGGCAGGAGUUUGCGCUGUUCGGCGGGCCGCUCCUCCCCAACGUGACGCGCAACGGGCGCAUCGUGCUGCUCGGCGACGCGAGCCACCCCUUGUCGGGCGCGUUCGGCUCGGCGGGCGCGGCGUUUGCGUUCGAGGACGCGUUUGUGCUUGCCAAGGUCAUCGAGUUUGCGCGCACAAACGCCAAGUCGCAGGCGUACGCGCUCGACCUGUUCGACGACAUCCGCCAGCCCCGCUUCGAGUACCUCUACAGCGUGCUCAACCACGGCGGGUCCAACCUCAAGGCCGUGCGCGACGAGAAGCUCCAGCCAGACGACCAUGUGCGCGAGGUCAUCCGCCGUAACUGGGCCGGAGAGGGCCGCAAGCCCGGAGACCAGGGCGACCAGAUCUACGCAUACAACGUCCAGGACGUCUGGGCGGCGCGCGAGAAGGAGGAGAAGGACAAGAUCGCCAAGGUCACCAAGCCCGUCGAGGUUGAGAAGGUCGCCGAGCAGCUCGCGGCCGUCACCGUCGCUGCUUAGGGCGCCGAGACGCGCCUCACCUCAUAGAGAUAUACAGUUGUCUUGAUGCAUUUGGG